AUGCCAGGCAAAAUUGCAGGAUUGCUCAGUCAAUGGGAGAAUAAAUCACAAGAAGCAAACAACUCAUCGGUACCUGUUAAAAAACCAGUCUCCACCACUUCUUCCACUGUGAAAAAGGAAGAACCAAAAACCACAGCACCCACACAGGAACCACAGAAGGUUGCCACACCUCCAUCCACUACUUUCAGUGUUCCUCCACAAAAGAAAGGAGCAAUUUCAACACAAACUCCAAUGAAAGAAUCAGCUUCUGCAGUGCCUCCAUCCGAUAAGUCAUCAUCGUCAUCACCAAAAGAGUCUUCACCACAAAAGGUAGCAACACCUCCUCCAAGUAGCAGCACCACUCCAUCUGUGCCAUUAAAAUCUUCUGGAACAGCAAAAUUAUCUACAGAUGAUGUGUUAGAUCCCGAAUAUCUGAAAAAGUUGGAAGCUUUUGUAGUUGCUAUUGAGAAACAAGUUGAUCGAUUGGAAACAAUGGCUAAAAAAUAA